UUUGAUUUUCCGGCCGUACGGGCUUUCUGUCAUCCGUUCCGGGCUGUUAUAUUUCUGUUCCUAAUGUGGUUUAAUUAAUACGUUUAAUCAAUAUGAGUUCUUCAAACAGCUACAUUAGCUCUUUGGAGCCUAAUGACCGAACCAGGUAUUUUGAGAAAUUAAUGGUAAGUGUCGAAGACGCCGGCGAUAGUUCAAACCCGGAAGUGACUGGUUCGGCGGUGACUGGUGACGGUGUACGACUACCUGACCCAUACAGUCUGACAGGUUGGAAGGAUGAUUUGAGCCUCUGGCCAGAUACGGACUAUGGGUGCAUCUACACCUACCUAAUCGAGGCUCCAGGUCCGUUUAACGGAGAAGCCAUGAAAGCCUAUAAAUCCCUGGAGGCGUACAAUCUCUUUAUAAGUGGCCAUGUGAGGGAGUGCAGGUACCACCCUAUUGGAAAAAAUGUGAAGGUCUGCUUCCUUAAGGCCAAGGUUGUGCCAGGACAGAGAGUAACAGAGACUCCUCACAACCCAUGGGUGUGUUUGACCAAAAAAGAGGGUUAUGUCAUGGCAGCUCACUGCACUUGUAUGGCAGGAUUGGGAGAGGUCUGCAGCCAUGUGGCUGCACUGCUGUUCGCAGUGGAGGCCUCCAGGUCUCUUCAGGAAAAACGGACGUCAUGCACCAGCAGAAAGGCCGUGUGGAACAAAUAUUACAAAGAUAAGGUUGAUCCACAAAGGGCUGAGGACAUGGACUUUUCGCACCCUAAACAUGGAGUCCAGAUCAAGAAGGCGCGCCGGAAGCCGCAGUGUGAUGUGCCACCACUCAGUGAAGAAGAGGCCGCUUCUGCUUUCUCACAACUGAGGAAGCUGUGUCCCACUGCCAGUGCUGUCAUUAAAGAGGAGGAGGACACAGACACAGCAUCAGAAGAUGAGUCAGAUGUCAACACAGAGACGCUUCCCCCUGUGGUAUACAGGUCUUGUCAUCCAGCCAAAGUCCCUGUUACUAGUGUUAGUGUAGACAGCAUCCUUGAGGAUGUUCGGUGCAACCCCGAGCAAAUCACAAACCUCAACAAAGCUACAGUGGGGCAGUCCAAGUCUGCUUUAUGGCGUCAGCAACGCAAGGGUCGUGUGACUUCUACAUCCAUGCAUGAUGUCCUUCAUGCAUCAAACCCCACCACUGCAGUACGGAAGGUCAUGCAAUAUGACUGCAAGGAUUUGAGCCAAGUUCCAGCUAUACAAUGGGGGAUGAAACAGGAGGAGAAGGCAAGGCAACAGUACCUGGAAGCUACCUUGUGCAUCUGCAAGGAUGUGAAAUUGGAGGAAGUGGGGCUCAUUCUCUACAAGGAUUUUCCCUUCAUAGGUAUAGCUAAUUUUGGCUCUUACUUCAAACUUAUGAAGUAUAGUACAUGUAAUUGAGUACCAACUACACAAUGUCUAAUUGACUUAUGAUUUUGUUGAUGUAACAAUGAAAUACAUGUACUUGUUUUAACAAUUGCACUGUAUUCGUACCAAGUGAAUAUGUGCCAUUUGCAGCAUUUGGCAAGUAUCAAAAGUAAGUACAUUAUGUUCAUGUUUGAAAUAUCAGAAACUUUGCCACUAAUUUGAACAUUACUGUUGUAUAUAUAGGUGCAUCUCCUGAUGGGAUGAGACAGUGUUCAUGCCAUGGAAGAUCAGCAUUUUUGAGGCCUAGUCUCAACUUCAUGAGAGUCAUGAGUAUUUGAUCCUGCUGACACAUGGACUUUAGAGGAGCAAUGAAAUCACUAACAAGUCUAAA